AAGAAUAUUUAUUAUAUAAUUUAAAAAAAAAAAAUAAUGAAUAAAUGUACAACAUUACAUUGGAGUUAUAGAGAUUUUACAAAUGUACCAAUUGAUUUAUUAUAUUAUGAAGAGACACCUGAAGAAAUUUAUUUAAAAGAAAAUUUUUUAACAUCAAUACCGGCUUGGCUUUUACAAUUAAAUAAUAUAAAAUUUUUACAUCUUACCGGUAAUUCAAUUAAUUCUAUACCGGAUGAUAUUUAUUUAUUAGAAAAUCUAGAAUUUUUAGAUAUAUCCAAUAAUUUAUUAGAUAAAAUACCAAAUACAAUUGGUAAAUUAAAAAAUUUAGAACGUUUAAAUUUAGGUGGUAAUAUGAUUAAAAGUAUUCCAAAAAGUAUCGGACAAUUAAAAAAAUUAGAAUGUUUAGAUUUAAGUGAAAAUCCAAUAAAAACUUUACCAGUAGAAAUAUCAGAAUGUUCAAGACUUUUAGAACUUUUUCUAAAUGGAUUAGCUGAAUUACUUUAUAUACCAGAUAGGAUAGCAAAUAUGAGAACAUUACAAACACUUUCCGCUGAUAGAUGUGGAUUACUUUAUUUACCAGCAUCAAUAUCAAAAUUUAUAGCACAUGUUAGAAUGUUUAAUAAUUUACAAAUAACUCAUAUUCCAAUAGCAUAUGAAAAACAUUUUACAAGUUUUUAUCAGCAAGUACAAAAUGUUCCAAGAACAACAAUAGAUCCAUACCUAUUUUUAAUAAGAGAAAAAGAAACAAAUAAGAUUUUAUUAUUACCAAUUGGUACUUUAAAAGUAUUUCCAAUACCAUCAUGUGAAAAUUCUGUAACAUUAUAUGAUCAUGCUUUACGUUGUAUCAACUAUAUGAAUCAUUUUAUAUCAAUUCAUAAGCAUAAUGAAAUUUUAAAUACAUUACCAACAGUUGCUAUGAAAAAUCAUAUUAAAAAUGGCCCAAUAUCAAUGUGUAAUUUUUGUACAAAAUUAUUAUAUACUUCAUAUUAUUUAAUGGUAGUAAAAAGGCGUAAUAGUACUUCAAAAGUAAUUUUCACCUGUAAUUUUUGCAGUAUGUUUUGUUCGAAUUAUUGGAUGUCAGACAAUAAAGCAAAAUAUUAUCCUGUUGAAUGGGAAAUAUGUGAUAAUUAAUUUCUAGUGUUUAAAAAAAAAAAUAAAAGAAUUUCUAAUAUAAAAUUUUGCUCAUUUUAAUAUUAAUACAAAAUCUUUUUGCUACUAUGUAAAUUUAAUAUUAAAUUUCUAAGAAAAAUUUUGUGAUAAAACCAAAAUUUUUAAGCUUCUCAGAAGUAAAAAACAUCUUAAUACCUAUAUACAAAAUUAUAAUAGACAACUAAAAAAAGCCACUUUACUAUAGCAAAAUUGCAUUUUUGCACAAACUGUAUUUUGUGCACAAAACAUAAGGUACUAAAAUUAUUCAUGAUGUACAUUAGUAAUCUAUGGUACGACGGAGGUUAAGUUCAAGUUUAUUCUUAUUAUUUUUCUAUUCUAUUAUUGUAUAGAUAGAUACUAAUAAAUGUGUAUAGGUAGGUAGGCACUUCUGAUGAUCUACAGUUUAAUCGUUCUUAAAAAAUUACACAGUAACCUAAUUUUAAUUAAAGUAUUUUUUUAUGUAUAAAUCAAUCUAUUUUUGAUUUUGCGACGGCAUCUUAAUACUGUAAAUGAAAAACCACUUUCGUUCAAUUGAUUAUGUGAAAAACAUUUUUAAAUUGUAGCUAUGACUGGUAAUAUAUACAUAAGUAUGCAUCUAUAUACAGAUUUGAUUUCGAUUAAUGAUCUAAAAUAAAAUUAUAAUGAAAUUCAAUUAAAUUUCAAAUUGUUUUACAAUUAAUUUACAUAUUUGUAAACUAUUGAAAUUAAUUGAUUCUAAAUUUAUCUUU